AUGUUGGCUAUUUUCUUCACCUUGUUUAUAGCUCUGGCUAGCGCCUACCCGGCGCGAGGCCCUUGUACGGGAGACUGCUGGACUCAUGAUCCUGCUAUGAUCCAGCGUGUGUCCGAUGGCACGUAUUUCCGGUUCUCGACUGGAACUGGUGUCAACACAAUGACCUCGUCUUCCUUGAAGGGACCAUGGACGGACGUGGGUUCAGCUCUGCCAAAUGGUUCCGUAAUUACUCUCGACGGUGUAGACAGCAGCAACAUUUGGGCCCCCGACGUGCAUUACCAAGGCGGAACAUACUACAUGUACUACGUCCUCUCCAAGCUCGGCACUCAAACCUCCCAAAUCGGCGUAGCAACCUCCAAAACAAUGGAGCCCGGCUCCUGGACCGACCACGGUAUCAUCGGCAUCCCCGCCAACAGCGCCUACAAUCGAAUCGAUCCCAACUGGAUCACCAUCGGCGGCAAGCAAUACAUCCAAUUCGGCUCCUACUGGCAAGACCUCUACCAAGUUGCUCUGGAAAGCCCGCUGCAGGUCGGGUCGAACACGCCGCACCAGAUCGCGUACAACGCCAGUCUGAACCACCGCGUCGAGGCCGCGUUCUUGUAUGAGCACGGUAGCUACUAUUACUUGUUUUUCAGCGGUGGUAUUGCGGGCUCGUAUACGGCGACUUACCCCGCCCAGGGCGAGGAGUACCGUGUGCAUGUUUGCCGCUCAACGAGUGGGACUGGGGGCUUUGUCGAUGAGGCUGGGACUUCUUGUCUCGAAUCGGGUGGUACUAUUAUCCUUGCUAGCCAUGAUCAGGUUUAUGCUCCCGGUGGACAGGGUGUUCUCACAGACAAGGAUCUCGGCCCCGUGCUAUACUACCACUACUACCCGCUCUCGGUGAAAGAGGCCGGCGGAACCGGUGUCUCCGGCUACAAGUACGGCUGGAACGAGCUGGACUUUUCAACCGGCUGGCCAGUCGUAAAGGCCGUUUAA